ACUCCUUCCAGUUUCAUUCAUCUUGAUCCAACUCAGUUCGGCUCCAUCUAUUCUGUUCCAUCCAACUCUAUCCAUCUCGGUUCAACUUCAUUUAACCAUCGCCAAACUCGAUUCAAGUUCCUCCAACUCCUUCCAGUUUCAUUCAUCUCGAUCCAACUCUAUCCACUUUCAUCCAUCUCGGUUCAACUUCAUUCAAGUCCAUACAAGUCCAUCCCACUCCUUCCAUCCAUACAAGUCCAUCCCACUCCUUCCAGUUUCAUUCAUCUUGAUCCAACUCAGUUCGGCUCCAUCUAUUCUGUUCCAUCCAACUCUAUCCAUCUCGGUUCAACUUCAUUUAACCAUCGCCAAACUCGAUUCAAGUUCCUCCAACUCCUUCCAGUUUCAUUCAUCUCGAUCCAACUCCAUCCACUUUCAUCCAUCUCAGUUCAACUUCAUUCAAGUCCAUACAAGUCCAUCCCACUCCUUCCAGUUUCAUUCAUCUCAAUCCCACUCACUCCGACUCCAUCUAUUGUGUUCCAUCCAACUCUAUCCAUCUCGGUUCAACUUCAUUUAACCAUCGCCAAACUUGAUUCAAGUUCCUCCAACUCCUUCCAGUUUCAUUCAUCUCGAUCCAACUCCAUCCACUUUCAUCCAUCUCGGUUCAACUUCAUUCAAGUCCAUACAAGUCCAUCCCACUCCUUCCAGUUUCAUUCAUCUCGAUCCAACUCAGUUCAAGUCCAUCCAACUCCAUCCACUUUCAUCCAUCUCGGUUCAACUUCAUUCAACUCCAUACAAGUCCAUUCCACUCCUUCCGGUUUCAUUCAUCUCGAUCCCACUCAGUUCGACUCCAUCUAUUCUGUCCCAUCCAACUCCAUCCAUCUCGGUUCAACUUCAUUCAACCAUCGCCAAACUUGA